AUGUCGGACUCUGGAGAUGAUGUUGGCUUGCCCAGCGAUGCAGCCAUUGAGCAGGCGCUGCGGUCUGUCGUGCGCGAAGCUGCAAAGAAUGACGAAGAAGUCACAGUGAAGACCGCGCGGACUCGAGCAGAAAAACAGCUCGAAUUGGAAGAAGGCUUCUUCAAGAAUGAUCCCAAAUGGAAGGUCCGAAGCUCAGAAGUCAUCAGGGAGGCCUUUGACGAGCCGGACUCUCCUGUGAAGCAGGAGAAGGCUGCUCCCAGGGCGAAAGCUGGCGCGAAGAGGAAGUCGGACGAAGCCGAAGCUCCGACCAAGAAACGGCAGAAACAGGUGCAGCCACAGAUUCCAGACUCGUAUGAUAGCGAGCCAGAGGAAGACCAGCUCGGAAACGAUGCGCCUGAGCCGGAAAAGUUGAAGGUCAAAGCGAAGGCCCAAUCGAAAAGCCGUUCUGCUAGUGCUCUCUCCUCGCCACCUGGAUCGGACGUCGAGGACGAAAAGAAGAAUGGCAAGAGCGCUGCUCCCAAAGUAGAAGACGAUGAAAGCGAGCUGUCGUCUGUUAUCGAUGAACCACCACCCAAGAAGAAACGUCAAAGCAAAGCCCCUGCGGCAAAGACCAAGGCGAAGCCGAAAGCCGCAAAGGCUACGAAGUCAUCCACGUCACUACCACCACCAGCCGAUGAUGAAAGCGACUUCUCAUCGGUGUUAGACGAUCCGCCGCCAAAGAAGAAUCAUCAACCCAAGUCCACCUCACCGACUAGAGCAGAGGCGGAGCCCACCAAGAAAGCAAAAGCUGAAGACGACGAAAGCGACCUCUCCUCGGUCAUAGACGAUGCACCACCAAAGAAGAAGCGCCAACGCAAAUCUCCUUCCCCUACCAAAGGCACCAAAGCCAAAGCCAAGUCAACCAAAACAAGUAAAGACCUCACCCCAGACGAAGAAGAAAUCAAACGCCUCCAAUCCCAACUCGUCAAAUGCGGCGUCCGCAAACUCUGGCAUCGCGAACUCGCUCCUUUCGACUCGGCGAAGGAGAAGAUCCGGCAUCUGAAAGCGAUGCUGGAGGAGGUGGGGAUGAAGGGACGUUUUAGCGAGGAGAAGGCGAGGGGGAUUAAGGAGGAGAGGGAGUUGAAAGCGGAGUUGGAGGAGGCGAGGGCGUUCAAUGAGAAAUGGGGGCAGGAGAAGGAUGGGGGGGAGGAGGGGAGUGAGAAGGAGGGGAGUGAGGCCCAGGGGGGGAAGGCAAAGGGGAGGGGGAGGUUGCCGAGGGGGUUGGUUGAUUUUGGGGAUAGUGGGGAUGAAAGCGAAUGA